AAAUUUUCAUUUCGACCUUAUAUUAAUUUAUCCUGUUCUUUUCCAUUUCCGGUUUCAAGAUGAAGAUCGAACUGUGUUCGUUCAGUGGGUUCAAAAUCUACCCUGGUCACGGCAAAAAAGUUGUCAAGACCGAUGGAAGGGUUUUCCAGUUUAUCAACUCAAAAUCUGAGAGUUCUCAUUUGAUGAAGAGGAAUCCUCGUAAAAUUAACUGGACAGUGUUGUACAGAAGGAAGUACAAGAAAGGUCAGUCAGAGGAGAUUUCUAAGAAGAGGACACGUAGAACAACAAAGUUCCAGAGAGCAAUCACUGGCGCCACUCUUAAUGAUAUCCUCGCAAAGCGCAACCAGAAGCCAGAAGUGAGGAAAGCUCAGAGAGAACAGGCUAUCAGAGCUGCUAAAGAGAAACAGAAAGCCAAGGACGCCCAGAAGAAAUCACAGAGGGCCACCGCAGCAAAGAGCCAGCCUAAACAGAAAGCUGCUAAACAGGUACAACCCAAGGCUCCAAGAGUUGGCGGAAAACGAUAAUUUAUUGUACAUUAAUAAGGAAAAUAAAUCUGGAAAACCCAAAAA